AUGUUCUUCUCAAUCUUCACCACCGUCAUUGUUCUUUCUCUCUCAACUUCUCUCUCAUACUCCACGGACUUAUUCCUCUACGGCGGGUGCACACAACAAAGGUACAACCCUAACUCGCCCUACGAGUCAAACCUCAACUCGCUCCUCUCCUCGCUGAUAAACUCAGCCACCUUCUCCUCUUACAACAACUUCACCGUCGUAGGUUCAAGCCCCAACGACGUCGUUUACGGCCUUUACCAGUGCCGCGGCGACCUCGCCAUGCAGGACUGCGCCUCCUGCGUAUCUCGCGCUGUCUCACGCGCCGGCGACCUCUGCCCGGAGGCUUGCGGCGGCGCCGUCCAGCUCGACGGUUGCUUCGUGAAGUACGACAAUGCGACAUUCUUGGGGGUGGAGGACAAGACGGUGGUGCUGAGGAAGUGCGGGCCGUCCGUCGGGUACGACCCGAAUUCGAUGGGUGUAAGGGAUGCGGUCUUGUCCGGGUUGGCGGGUUCGGGUGGGUAUUUUCGGGUUGGCGGGUCGGGUGUGUUGAAGGGUGUGGCGCAGUGCACCGGUGACUUGAGCUUCGCUGAGUGUCAAGACUGCGUGGCGGAGGCGAUCCGACGGCUGAGGAGCGAUUGCGCCGCCGCCGGUUACGGGGAUAUGUUCUUGGCCAAGUGUUACGCCAGGUACUCCACUGGUGGGGCCCACGCUUACUCCAAGGCCCAUGGUAAAUCAGGCAAUGAAGGUGAAAAGACAUUUGCCAUAAUUAUUGGAUUAUUGGCAGGUGUAGCUAUACUUAUUAUUUUCCUUGCUUUCUUGAGGAGGAUUUGUGAGGGACAAGGUAAAUAAAUUUAUUUGAG